UCUUGUUCUAGAGACAGGGACCAGCUGUUUUGGAAUAAAAUAUUGAAGACCGAGCGCAGUCUACUGCCCCACCCUUCGGAAUUAUCAGGGAGCUACGUGAUUGGUCCAGGCCUGAAAAACAGCCUUCAGGAUCUAGACUGUUUUACAGGCCUCGCAUUCGCACCAUGAGAAAUAUAACCUAAUUUAAUAAGAAGACUGCUCGAACCCGAAAAGUGUAAUUUAAAAAAGACGGCAGCGACUUUGUUUGGUAAGUAUGUAUUACAUUUAAUGCAAUAUGACGAUGGGGCCUUGUCACGAAGGCCUACGGGCCUCCACCUCAGUCGAAAAAAACAACAAUGGUAGCUAGCUAGCCAAGCUAACUAACGACAUAGCUAGCUCGGACAUAUAGUAUAAUUUGUGUUUUCUUUCAGUGUACACUUUCUAAAGUAUAUAAACAGUUGUGGGUUUACUGCGUUUAUUUUACUAAUAAUAUUGAUUACAAUUGUUGGGAAUGCUAUUGCUAACUAGUUAGCUCGCUAAUUUAGCCGAAUGGCACAGAACAGAAAACAUUUGCAGAAUGUCGCAGAGGGUCAGUAUUGCACCCUUGUUGUUGGAGUCUUGAAAAAAUGCAUAGCUUGGAUUUAAAUGUGUUGCAUGGAUUUGAUUUAUGCUUAACAAUCAUUCUGCAUAUUAUUCAUGCUUUUCCAAUAUUUUUUGCUAGAUUCACCUGCGCGCUCGAGCUAUACAUCAUUGUUGGCGGGGUUCUGUGCCCACAAUGUAAACAGAAGCCGCCAUAUUUAUUGCGUCUGGGCGCUCUCUCUGCUGUCUGUCAGUGGGUUGUAACUAGAUGGAGUACAGCUACGACCGGAAGUCACUUUUCGUAGCAGGUUAGGAGAGCAUUUUAGCAAACCUUUUUCCGAACCUUAACCUCAUUCUCCUAACCUGCUACGUUAAUGAUCAUAAUCUGCUACUUAAAAGUCACCUCCGGUCGUAACAGUAUUCCACAUAGUCAUAACCCAGGAUAGGAUAAUUUACGCCGUUGUGACUAGACGGAGUACAGCACUGACCGGAAGUGACUUUUCGUAGCAAGUUAGGAGAGCAUUUUAGCUAACCCUUUUCCUAAUUCUCCUAACCUGCCACUUUAAUUCUCCUAAUCUGCUGCCAAAGUUCUCCAAAAAGUCACUUCCAGUCGUAGCUGUAUAACACCUAGUCGAAAUUAAUUUGCGCAGCAGGUUAGGAGAAUUAGGUUAAGUUUAGGAAAAAGGGUUAGGGUUAGCUAAAAUGCUCUCUUAACCUGCUACGAAAAGUUAACUUCCAGUCGUAGCCAGACUCCAUGUAGGCACAACCCAGUCAGUGGGCUACUGCAAGACUGUGUCAAAGCAGUGCGUGUGAAUGUCUAGCCAUCCAAAUUGGAUACUUUCCCGGUCUAUCACUGUAACUACAGUGGUUACAAAGUGGCAUUGAUUUAUUACUGUCACCCACAACAAAGUUCAAAUUCUAGUACAUUAACAAAUGAGUCCUGGAGGCAUGUUUUUUUUUAAAUGUGAAGGCCAGUCAUAACACUACUCAACCUAUCCAAAUGUUGUGUAUCACACCUGUGAGAAUGUGUGAAUAUAAACAUGAUAUUGUAGCUUUUUGCUUCCCAUUAGAUUUAGCAAUGCAUCAUCAACCACAUUACUUCUGCAUUUAUCCGAUAGUUGACCCUCUCUCCUUCUACUAUAAGACAUUAUAAAGGCACAUUCAAUCUUAUAAAAAGUAAUCAAGCAUUAUAGCUGUCUGCUUUACAAAAACAAUUGUUUUUCAGGACAGAUAAUAUAAUUGAAGCUGAUGUAUUGGCUAUGUGCUUUCCUUUUCUCUAUUUCAGGCGUCUUCUCCCUUGCUGAUAAAAAAAAAAAGCAUAACACUUCUGAUGGUUUGAGAGCUCAGCAUCAAAUGUGAAUGCUGAAAUGCAAUGUGUUUUUAAUCUUUCAGUCUUAACAUUUAGUUGUUUUAUGUCAAUGUUUAUUUAGCAUUGAUGGUCAGUCUGUUGAUUAUUUAAUUGAGUCAGAUGUGUUACAUUUGACUCAAUUAACACAUUUGUAAUGAUUUAUACAUUGACAGAGGUCCUGAUUGAUCAGAUAAAAUUAGAUCAACUUAAUCCUCUCCUCUUUUGUGUUUGUAGCAGACAGGAUAAAAAGAGAAUGGACCACGGUGGGGGGGUCUUGAACUUUCAGAUGCAGGACUCAAAGAUGCAACACACAAUGAUAAUGCAGGAUUUUGGUAUGUCAUCUCCAUCAAUGCAGAGAACUAAUACUCCAUGGUCUUUUGUUUAUUUGACUGUGUCUGUGUAUGUUCGAACUGAUAAGAUGAGUCUAACAGUUCUUCCUGACUUCCCCAGUGGCAGGUAUGGGUGGCAUGGCCCACAUCGACGGUGACCACAUUGUGGUGUCUGUGCCAGAGGCGGUGCUGGUGUCAGACGUGGUGACUGAUGAGGAGGGCAUCACAUUUGAGCAUGACCUGGGCUCAGAGGUUGUAGAAGGGCCAGACAUCUGCUGCAGUGACGACCCUGACGGCAUGAUCAUGACUGAGUCGGUCCUGGGGGCCGAGGUGGCCAUCGACGAGGUGCUGGACUCAGACCACCAUCAGCAUGUGCUGACAGCAGAUCUCAUAGAGGAAUCUGACAGCGUUCCUGACCAGGUGUUUGAGAUGGUCACUGAGGAGGUAAUGGUCUCCAACUGCAACUCAGAGACAUAUGUGGAGGAGCAGGAGGAGAUGGAAGACUCUGCAGUCACCAUCGAGGAGCAGGAUGAUGAGGAUGGGGGGAGUGUCUCUGAGGACUACCUGGUGAUCUCCUGUAAGUCGCAUACAUUUUCUGUUCUUAGAACUACUAGCAUUUCAUGGUAUGGUCUACACCUGUUGUAUUCGGCGCAUGUGACAAAUCAAAUUUGAUUUGCUCCAACACUCACAGAAUGACAGAAUAAUUUUGCCUCUAAUAGGAUGAAUUGGAGAAUGUACACACCCCUACAUAUUUAUUUGGACAGUGAUGCUAAAACGAUUAAUUUAGCUCAAUACUCCAGCAUUUUGGAUUUGAUAUCAAAUAUUUUAUGAGGCGAAAGUACAGAAUGUCACCUUUUAUUUGAGGGUAUUUUCAUACAUAUCUGUUUUACCGUUUAGAAAUGGAAGCACUUUAUGUAUCUAGUCCCCCCAUUUGAAGAUUUCCUAAGUAUUUUGACAAAUUCACUUAUAGUGUAUUAAAUUUAGUCUAAAGUUAAGUAUUUGGUCCCAUAUUCCUAGCACGCAAUGACUACAUCAAGCUUGUGACUCUACAAACUUGUUGUUUGCAUUAUUUACCAUUCAUUUCUAUUGGCCACAACAUAAUCCGAAACACAUUUACAUUUACAUUUAAGUCAUUUAGCAGACGCUCUUAUCCAGAGCGACUUACAGGAGCAAUUAGGGUUAAGUGCCUUGCUCAAGGGCACAUUUACGUCAUUUAGCAGACGCUCUAGUCCAGAGCGACUCACAAAUUGAUGCAUUCACCCUAUAGCCAGUGGGAUAACCACUUUACAAUUUUGGGGGGGGUAGAAGGAUUACUUUAUCCUAUCCCAGGUAUUCCUUAAAGAGGUGGGGUUUCAAAUGUCUCCGGAAGGUGGUGAGCGACUCCGCUGUGUGUGUGGGGGGGGGGGUAGAAGGAUUGCUUUAUCCUAUCCCAGGUAUUCCUUAAAGAGGUGGGGUUUCAAAUGUCUCCGGAAGGUGGUGAGUGACUCCGCUGUCCUGGCGUCGUGAGGGAGCUUGUUCCACCAUUGGGGUGCCAGAGCAGCGAACAGUUUUGACUGGGCUGAGCGGGAACUAUGCUUCCGCAGAGGAAGGGGAGCCAGCAGGCCAGAGGUGGAUGAACGCAAUGCCCUCGUUUGGGUGUAGUGACUGAUCAGAGCCCGAAGGUACAGAGGUGCCGUUCCCCUCGCUGCUCCAAAGGCAAGCACCAUGGUCUUGUAACGGAUGCGAGCUUCAACUGGAAGCCAGUGGAGUGUGCGGAGGAGGGGGGUGACGUGAGAGAACUUGGGAAGGUUGAACACCAGACGGGCUGCGGCAUUCUGGAUGAGUUGUAGGGGUUUAAUGGCACAUGCAGGGAGGCCAGCCAACAGCGAGUUGCAGUAAUCCAGACGGGAGAUGACAAGUGCCUGGAUUAGGACCUGUGCCGCUUCCUGUGUGAGGCAGGGUCGUACUCUCCGAAUGUUGUAGAGCAUGAACCUGCAGGAGCGGGUCACCGCCUUGAUGUUAGCGGAGAACGACAGGGUGUUGUCCAGGGUCACGCCAAGGCUCUUCGCACUCUGGGAGGAGGACACAACGGAGUUGUCAACCGUGAUGGCGAGAUCAUGGAACGGGCAGUCCUUCCCCGGGAGGAAGAGCAGCUCCGUCUUGCCAGGGUUCAGCUUGAGGUGGUGAUCCGUCAUCCAUACUGAUAUGUCUGCCAGACAUGCAGAGAUGCGAUUCGCCACCUGGUUAUCAGAAGGGGGAAAGGAGAAGAUUAGUUGUGUAUCGUCAGCGUAGCAAUGAUAGGAGAGGCCGUGUGAGGAUAUGACAGAGCCAAGUGACUUGGUGUAUAGGGAGAAAAGGAGGGGGCCUAGAACUGAGCCCUGGGGGACACCAGUGGUGAGAGCACGUGGUGCGGAGACAGCUUCUCGCCACGCCACUUGGUAGGAGCGACCGGUCAGGUAGGACGCAAUCCAGGAGUGAGCCGCGCCGGAGAUGCCCAGCUCGGAGAGGGUGGAGAGGAGGAUCUGAUGGUUCACAGUAUCAAAGGCAGCAGACAGGUCUAGAAGGACAAGAGAAGAGGAGAGAGAGUUAGCUUUAGCAGUGCGGAGAGCCUCCGUGACACAGAGAAGAGCAGUCUCAGUUGAAUGACCAGUCCUGAAACCUGAUUGGUUUGGAUCAAGAAGGUCAUUCUGAGAGAGAUAGCAAGAGAGUUGGCUAAAGACGGCAUGCUCAAUAGUUUUGGAAAGAAAAGAAAGAAGGGAUACUGGUCUGUAGUUGUUGACAUCAGUGGGGUCGAGUGUUGGUUUUUUGAGAAGGGGAGCAACUCUCGCUCUCUUGAAGACGGAAGGGACAUGGCCAGCGGUCAAGGAUGAGUUGAUCAGCGAGGUGAGGUAGGGGAGAAGGUCACCGGAGAUGGUCUGGAGAAGAGAGGAGGGGAUGGGGUCAAGCGGGCAGGUUGUUGGGCGGCCUGCAGUCACAAGUCGCAGGAUUUUAUCUGGAGAGAGAGGGGAGAAAGAAGUCAAAGCAUAGGGUAGGGCAGUGUGAGCAGGACCAGCAGUGUCAUUAGACUUAACAAACGAGGAUCGGAUGUCGUCAACCUUCUUUUCAAACACAACCAAAACAAACUGCAAAUGCAUCCAACAAGCUUGAUGGAAUACUUAUGACACCUUCAAAUGGAGUGACGAGAUACAUAAAGUGCUUUAAUUUCUAAACGGUAAAACAGAUAUGUAUGAAAAUACCUUAAAAUAAAGGUGACCUUCUGUACUGUCGCCUCAUAUGAGUAUAGAGCCAAAUGAAAAGUUUUAGCUUCACUGUCCAAAUAAAUACGUACGGGAGUGAACAAUGAUUAUGCUGUUGUUUGUGCAGUGGACGAUGUUGGGGAGAAGUUGGACAUGGAGGACACGCCCCUGAAGAUGGGUUCUGAGGUGAUGCCUGAGGAGGAUGGCUCCAAAGAGGGCGACUACGACUCUGAGUGCAUCAAAGUCUACAUCUUCAAGGCAGAGGCUGAUGAUGAUGAUGAUGUUGACAUAGGCAAGGACUGCUAUUAAUUGGCUUUCUGAAAGUUACGACUUAUUUGAACGGUACACCUCUGUUCAGUUUCCCUGAUGUCAGACAUUUACUGUGAGUGCAGGUGGCACAGAGAUUGUAGCUGAGAGUGACUUCCACAACGGUCACGCAGUGCUGGAGACUGGGGGCAUUGGCAAGCUGUCUCGAGAGAAGAUGGUCUACAUGGCAGUGAAAGACCCGUCCCAGGAGGAUUCAGAGAUCAGUGAGUCCCCUGAAUUACCAGCACUUCCUCCUAUCCUUUAUACCCAUCAGAUCAAACAAUAUGUCUGCCUUAUUCUUUUUGUCACAAUAAGUGGUUGUAGUAUUAAAUGAAGUGACUACGUUUUGCUUGUCUCUGAGCAGACUGUACUGAGAUGGCAAAUGAGGUGUACAUGGAGGUGAUAGUGGGAGAGGAGGAUGCCCCUGCCAUUCAGGACUCACUGGAUGACUCUAGCCACAAUAAGAACUUUGGCACCAUAGCCUGGGCUGCAGCUUAUGGUAAAGCUGACUCCUUUCCUCCAUAGACAUACUUUCAGUAUGGUGUAAGAUAGAAUUCUACAUUUUGAUUUUGUUCAUAUUUUGAGUGUGUUGAAUUGGUGGAUGUUGUAUGGACAUAGGCUCAAAAUAAUUUUCUCUAGGUAACAGUCUGGACUCCAGGCUGGAGAACAAGAACAACACAGGGACACAUUACCUGAAGAUCAGCGACAGCUUGAGUACAAGUAGAGCUCUCAAACAGAAGAUCAAGAAAAAGAAGAAGGGAGAGACACGUCAGUGUCAGACAGGUAUGGGGUUCUAUGUUCAUUAAAACCAUACAUGUUCUAGAAGCUUGCAGAAUUUUGUAAGAUUUGUUUUUAGCUGUAGUCCUGACAAUGCCUGGUCUUUUUGCUUCCACUCUUCUCCCCAGCCGUGAUCAUUGGUCCAGAUGGCCAGCCUCUGACUGUGUACCCCUGUCACAUCUGUGGGAAAAAGUUCAGAUCACGAGGCUUCCUAAAGAUCCACAUGAAGAACCACCCAGACCACAUGUUCAAGAAGAAGUACCAGUGCACAGACUGUGACUUUACCACCAACAAGAAGGUCAACUUCCACAACCACCUGGAGGGCCACAAGCUCAUAGUGAAGAGUGACAGGGUGCCAGAGUUCACUGAGUUCACGCGGCGGUACUGUGUGGAGAGCCCCCUCAGCUCCAACAAGCUCAUCCUGCGUGACCAGGAACCCAAGCUGCACCACUGUAAGUACUGUGACUAUGAGACAGCCGAGCAGGGCCUGCUCAACCGCCACCUGCUGGCCGUGCACAGCAAGAGCUUUGCCCAUGUGUGUGUGGAGUGUGCUAAGGGUUUCCGCCACCCCUCGGAGCUCAAGAAGCACAUGAGGACCCACACAGGUGAGAAGCCUUACCACUGCCAGCACUGUGAGUUCCGCUGUGCCGACCAGUCCAACCUGAAGACCCACAUAAAGAGUAAGCACGGCGCUGAGCUGCCCUUCAAGUGUGGCCACUGCCCACAGGCCUUCCCUGACGAGCGGGAGCUGCAGAGGCACAUGGAGAUCUUCCAGGGCCACAAGACGCACCAGUGUCCACACUGCGAGCACAAGAGCACCAACUCCAGUGACCUGAAGCGCCACAUUAUCUCUGUGCACACCAAGGACUUCCCUCACAAGUGUGAUGUGUGUGAGAAGGGCUUCCACCGGCCCUCGGAGCUCAAAAAACAUGCAGAGACUCACAAAGGUGCCAGGCUGCACCAGUGCCGCCACUGUGACUUCAAGACGCCGGACCCGUUCAUACUCAGCCGCCACAUCCUGUCCGUCCACACCAAAGACUUGCCAUUCAAGUGCAAGCGCUGCCGACGGGGCUUCAGGCAUCAGCUGGAACUGAAGAAGCACAUGAAGACCCACAGUGGGCGUAAAGUGUACCAGUGCCAGUUCUGUGAGUACAGCUCUUCGGACGCUUCCGGAUUCAAACGGCACGUCAUAUCCAUCCACACCAAGGACUAUCCCCACCGUUGUGACUACUGCACUAAAGGCUUCCGUAGGCCCUCUGAAAAGAGCCAGCACAUUGCGCGGCAUCACAAGGAUGUUUUAAUGUAGAGUUCUACUUCACACACCCUUUCCCCUAUUCAGAACAAUCCUAUUCUCACCCACUAUAGAGCAGGGAAAUAAAAUGGUUUCAAUGUGGUAAAGGAUGACAAUUGUCACAUUUUCUUACAACUUUAUUAGUUAUUUAUUAACCUUGUCCUCACAUCACCAUUAGUACUCAAACCUGGGGUGCUAUUCAAACAAACCUCAAGUCAGGCAAGUCCUAAAUCAGAACAUUGCUGAAAGCACAUCUUUUCUCAGUAGUAUGCUUGUCGCAUGCCUGGAUUGUUUGAAUAGCACAACACUUGUUAUAUGCAGUAUCAGUGCUAAGAUAAUGCUGUAAUUUGAUUGACUGCUGACUGUAUUCUCAGUUUGACCUUGGGGUAACUGUUCUCUGACAAGUCAUUGUAUGAUUCCUUUGCACUGUUUUUUGCUAGCAAUAAAUUGUGAAAAUCAUGCAUUUAAAGACCCAGUUAUAAAUACAAAUGUAAACAGUCAUCUGUGUCAAUUUUCUCUGUAUUCAAAGGGAUGGAAAGUCGAUGUGUCCAUUUUGCUUUGAAAUAAUCGCUUGUCAAACAAUCAGGGGUUUUCAUUUUUUCCCAUGUUUGCACUGGUAAAAUCAUCUUGCUCAGAGCCAACCACAUCAUGUUCACUAUCAGGAAUGUCUCUCAUGCAUCAGAUAAAAUCAGUGUUAUCUAUUCUCAUGUCUCAACUGAAAUGUUAGAAGCUCCUGAUAAAUUGUUCACCUCAACUUAUUACUUUCAUUCAAUCUUCAUAUUAACUUUUUGCCCUCAUUCAUUCAGUAAUAAAGAAUGUACCAACAGGUGGAUUUGUGUUAGGAUGACAGUGCUUUGCAUCUUACAUGGGCACCUACUGACAUCAAGUCAUCCCAUGAUUGACCUAGAGAGGUGAAAUAAAGAUUGUAUUUUGUUUAUUGAUUUAGAAUGAUUAACGUCGGAUUUGUGGAAAUGUACUUUUUGAAAGAAUAUUUGCCCCCUUCCUGAUUUGUUAUUUGUUUGCAUGUUUGUCACACUUAAAUGUUUCAGAUCAUCAAACAAAUUUAAAUAUUAGUCAAAGAUAACACAAGUAAACACAAAAUGCAGUUUUGAAAUGAAGGUUGUUAUUAUUAAGGGAAAACAAAAUCCAAACCUACAUGGCCCUGUGUGAAAAAGUGUUUGCCCCCCCUGUUAUAACACAACUCAACUGUGGUUUAUCACACCUGAGUUCAAUUCCUCUAGCCACACCCAGGCCUGAUUACUGCCACACCUGUUCUCAAUCAAGGAAUCACUUAAAUAGGACCUGCCUGACAAAGUGAAGUAGAUCAAAA